CCGCCUUAAAGUCAGAUGAGACAGCAGAGGGACAGCUUACCGUAAAACCUCAGAGGCUCUGAAUGUCUGAUGAUUCAUAUCUGAAGUUCUGAUGGAUUAGUGUGGAGCGGACCUGCAGGAAGAGCAUGGUGCCGGUCCGGAGUCCAGAGUAACUCCAGUGUGCAGGAACUUUCCUGGAUCUGGGAAUGUCGGGCCUGUUCUGCAGCAGCUGUUUGAAUAUUUCCCCUGCAGAACGAUGAGCUGCUGGACGUUUUUAGUCGCCUUCAGCCUUCUUGUGCCCUGGUGCCACGCAGGCUGUGCGGAGGUGGACUCCAUGACCGAAGCCGUGGCCGGAGAAGGAUUCCUGCUCGGCUGCAUUUCCUGUAAGAAGAGAGAGGAAGUGUCGGCCCGAGCCACGGUGGACUGGCACUUCAAACGGCCCGAGAACCACGAGUUUACACAUAUCUUCCACUAUGAUCACCCCAACGCAAACGUCCUCCAUGAAGACUUCAGCGACCGGCUGCAGUGGCAGGGGACGCUGAACGACGACGUCCAGAUCGGCGCCGUUUACGUCCAGAACGUCACCUUCAACGACAGCGGGACGUACCGCUGCACCUUCCGCCGCACCCUCUUCCUGCCGCGGCAGCCCGAGAACGUGGUGGUGGAGAAGGAGGUGGAGCUCACCGUGGUGGCCGCAGCCAACCGGGAGCUGACGGCGGUGAUCUCUGAGAUCGUGAUGUACGUCCUGAUCGUGGUUCUGCAGCUGUGGCUCAUCCUGGUCAUGGUCUACUGCUACAGGAAGAUCUGGGACGAACACGAAGCGCGAGAGGCGAAGAAAGCGCUGGAAGCGGAGGGAUCACUCCUGGAGUCCAAGGAUCCCUGUGACGGCGUGCAGGCGGAGUGAUUGACAGCGCUAAGCCCCGCCUCCUGGCUCUGAUUGGUUGUUUUCGGAGCAUUUCUUCAGGCAGCAGAUCAAUCUUUUCACGGACUGUUUCUCUCACUAAUAGUGACAGGUUUGAUAAAUAUGUUUAAAAAACCCACAUUGUUCAUAAAAGUUACUCAUAUCAGUUUUAAGAAGAGAAUUAACACCCAGACAGACGGAUUGCAGAUUUAUUCUGGAUCCUUCAGCAGUUCAUCGUCUCUGAAAGGCUUUGAAUGAUCAUGAGGUUUAUCCCUGAUGGAAACAUCUGACCUGGACCACCAGAACCUCUCAGGUGGUUCUGACAGCUUUAUCACUUCAGCUUAAACUGAGACAACAUGAAGGACUCUGAUGUCACAUCCUGUCUGUCGCCAUGGGAAACCGCCUGAUUCGCCAAGCAGAAAAAAUAUUUCCUUUCUUCUUCUUGUCUGUCUGUCGAUCAUUUCUCUGGUUUCUUAUUUGUAGGGAUGAACUGAUGUGAAAACUUGGGCCGAUAUUAAUAACCGAUAUUUAUCAGUAUUAUAUAUUUCCAGGUGUUUGUUCAUCACUGCAUGUCUUCCUGUCUCCUCUCUGUUGGAUUCCCAUCUUGUGUUUAUUUAAUUGAUCCUGAUCUGUUUUGUUUUCAGUUGUUUUGCUUCAUGAUCCCAUAGAUUUAUGUUUCCCACGGUCACUUUGUCAGAUCCUUCUGUUUUCUUCUUGUUCGUUUUUUUCUGUUUCUUCCAUUAAAUUUUCCUUUUCAUCA